AGGUGGUUUAUCAAUUGGUAUUCCAGGUGAAAUAGCUGGUUUUUGGAGAGCUCAUAAACAAUAUGGUAAAUUACCAUGGUCAGCUUUAUUUAAACCAGCUAUUGAUAUGUGUAGUGAAGGGUUUACUAUGCAAAAAGCUCUUGCUUUUAGUAUUCUAAAAAAUAAAGAUAAAUUAUGGAAACAUAGACCAUUCAGACGAGUCUUUUUCAAAGGUGAUUCCGAUGAAGUAUAUGGAUUGUAUGAUACUAUUUAUCGACCACGUCUUGGUGAAACUCUUGCAAUAAUUGCUGAAAAAGGACCAAGUGCAUUUUAUGAAGGUGAACUAUCAGCAGGCAUUUGUGAAGAAAUUCAAUCACAUGGUGGAAUUAUUACCGAACAAGAUUUGGCAACUUAUAAUGCUCGACUCAAACCAUCUCUUAAGAUUAGAAUAUCAAAUAAUUAUAUAGCUUAUGGUGUGCCACCACCAGCUAGUUCUGCAAUUACUUUACUUAUUCUUAAAGUAAUGGAUGGUUAUGGUCUAACACCACAAUCAUUAGAUACUGAUGAAAAACAAGUGAAUUUUUAUCAUAUUCUUAAUGAAGUAUUUAAAUUUGCUUAUGGUAAACGAUCAGCAUUAGGUGAUGAAUAUGAUUCACAAACAGAGAAGAAUCAAGAAAUAGAAAAAUUACUUCAUUUAAUUCUAUCUUCUCGUUAUGCAGAAGAAAUUCGUGAACGAGUCAAUGAAAAAAAAACUCAGCCUCUUGAUUAUUAUGAACCAAUGUUUGAACCUCAAACAGAUCAUGGAACUAGUCAUUGUUCAAUUAUUGAUGCUGAAGGAAAUGCUGUUGCCGCCACAAGUACAAUAAAUACUGCUUUUGGUGCCUUUGUUUACGGACAUAAUACUGGUAUCAUCUAUAAUAAUCAAAUGGAUGAUUUUUCAAAUCCUGGUUCACCGAAUUUUUAUGGUUACGCACCAAGUCCAGCAAAUUUUAUCAAACCUUUUAAGCGUCCAAUGACAUCGAUAAGUCCAAUUCUUGUUACUGAUUCAAGUGGUGCAGUUAUUUUUACAGCUGGUGGUUCCGGUGGUAGUCGAAUAAUAUCUUCUGUAGCUCAAGUAGCUAUUUAUAAUUUAUGGCUUGGUAAAAGUAUUCGUGAUGCUGUUGAUAUGCCUCGAUUACAUCAACAACUUAUUCCAAUGGAACUUGAAUUAGAAAAACGUUUUCCUAUCAAUAUUGUUCAUGGUCUUCUAGCAAGAGGUCAUACAAUAUCAGGUUUUCGUGGUGGAUGUGUUGUUCAAGCAAUUGAACGUCGUCAUACAAAUGAAUUAUGGGCUGUAAGUGAUGCUCGAAAAGGUGGUGCACCUGAUGGUCUGGGUUAUAAAAAUAUUAUAAAAAGUUUUCAAAAUUGGUUUCGUCGAACAUUUAAACGAAGUAAAGAACAAAAAUUACUCGAACAGGCAAUUGAAAAAGGUCGAUUAUUAACACCAAAAUGA